AUGGCGCAAAUGAGCCCAGACGCGGCUCCCUCCCGCCACGCUCUGGCCGCCGACCCGCUGCCGGCGCUCCGCCGGCUCCGGGCCGCCGCGCCGCGCGUCUUCGGGCAGCUCCACGCGCUGCUCCUCACCUCCGGCCUCGCGCUCCACUCCCCCAACUUCGCCCUCCUCCUCCGCCUCGCCUCCUCCUCCGUCCCCUCCCUCUCCCGCCGCCUCCAGCUCCUCCUCUGCUCCCCGCUGCCGCCCACCUCUUUCCUCGCCAACUCCCUCCUCCUCGCGCACCUCCCUUCCGCGCUCCCCCUCUACUCCCUCCUCUUCCUCGCCUCUCCCCCGCUCCUCCGCCCCAACGAGUUCACCUAUCCGGCCCUCCUCCGCGCCUCCCCGCCCCGCACCGCGCUCGCGCUCGCCACCCAUUCGCUUAAAUUCCUCGGCGCCGGGGCCGCCUCCCGCGACCGCGUCCUCGGCGCCGCGCUGCUCGACGCCUUCGCCCGCUGCGGUAGGAUCGCGUCCUGCCGCCGGGUGUUCGACAGGAUCGUCCAGCCGGACCUGCCGGCCUGGAACGCGCUGCUCACCACCUAUGCGCGCCGGGUCAGGGAUUCGUCGUGCGCUGGCGAGGCGGCGGAGAUUCUUGAGCUGUUUGCGCGCAUGGUCUCAUCGACGGUCCCGCCAAACGAGAUCACGCUCGUCACCGUCGUCGGCGCAUGCGGGGAGCUCGGCGCUCUCGGGCAUGGCCUGUGGGCGCACGCGUAUGCUCUAAGGCACAGGCUGGCCGUGAACUGUUACGUGGCCACAGCGCUUGUAGAGAUGUACACCAGGUGCGGGAAAAUGGACCUGGCCGAGCAGGUGUUCGCUGGCGUUACGGACAUGGACACGCGCUGCUACAAUGCCAUGCUCCAGGGCUUGGCAUUCCAUGGGCAUGGCCGAGCUGCCCUCACCUUGUUUGACAGGAUGUGUGCCGAGGGCUACCCGAUUGAUAGCGUCACGGUGCUGGCGGUGAUGUGCGCGUGCGCCCAUGCUGGGUUGGUGGAUGAAGGGCGGUGGCUCUUCGAUAGAAUGGAGAUUCAGUUUGGGGUCACACCGAGGAUCGAGCAUUAUGGAUGCAUGGUUGACAUACUGGGCCGAGCUGGUCAGCUUGAUGUUGCCAAGAAGCUUAUCCGAGGGAUGGACAUUCCGCCGAACGCCGCAAUGUACAGGUCUUUGAUACGGGCAUGUGGGAUUCAUGGCAAGCUAGAACUUGGGGAGAGGACGAUCAAAGAGCUGAUGAGGCUCGAGCCAGAGCACAGUGGAAACUAUGUCCUGCUGUCCAACUUCUACGUGAGAAUGAGACUAUGGGAGGACGCAAAGAAGGCGAGGAAGGAGAUGAAGGCCAUGGGCAUUGACAAGAGCCCUGGGUCAAGCCUCCUUGACAUCGACGGUGUUCUCCAUGAGUUCUUGAUUGGUGACAAGACACACCCUGCCUCAAGGGAGAUGUACGCCAUGGUUCAAGAGAUCGAGGCCAGAUUGAAGGAAAGCGGGCACCGGCCGAGCACCACGGCUGUGAUGUUCAACGUCGAGGAGGAGGACAAGGCAGAUGCUCUGUCCUACCAUAGCGAGAGGCUCGCCAUUGCCUUCGCCCUGAUCGCCUCCUCUCCGGGUGCGCCCAUCAGGAUCAUCAAGAACCUCCGGGUGUGCAGUGAUUGUCACGAGAGCACGAAGCUCGUCUCCCGGGUGUAUGGAAGGGAGAUCAUCAUGAGGGACCGCACCCGGUUCCAUCACUUCAGAGAUGGCCAUUGCUCAUGUGGAGAUUUCUGGUGACUGGUCAUUAGCUGUUUGCCAUGUGCAUAAGAAUGUGCUGUAGAUUCGUGUUCCUACUUGUUCUGUGUCCUACUCCAGACUGGACGAUGAACGGCGUCAUGAACACGAAGCAGCCGGAAUCAGCGGUUGGCGACGGCGUUGAAGUCUGCAAAGAACCCUCAAGAACCAAGACUAGCCCCGGAAGAACAAGCCAGCAUGUUGACAGGUCCAUUUGCCUGCUUGCGUGUGAAGAGGAAAACACACAAAUUCAAAAUUUUAACAACAAGGGCGGGAGGUUUGCCCAAGCUGUGUAUAUAAGCAGGGAGUUGAGGGGCAGGACUGCAGGAAGACUCAGUUUCAGUCAUUCUACGCGAAGGUGUGGUUGGAGCAAGAUCAAGUUUUAGUGGGAUGAGAAAUAGAGUGAAUGGCUCCGGCCGAGUUAUCUAGUGUCUCCUCUGCAGUUACGCGGCUCAGAACAUACUCAACUGAUGAUGGUGGAUUAGCAGCUGAAGCGGGCGUGUCCUAAUCGUCUGUGAAUCAAGCGAUAGGAUCAGGCGUGGCGGUCAGUGCAGCUUCAGGUGCCGUGGCGGUGCAGGAAGAGAUUGAUGCCCGUAAAAGAUUUGAUUACUUUCAUAUAUCUGUGGAUCAACCUGAAGAUUCCAGCUCAUAGUGCUGACAAGGGACUGUUUACUUGCUUCUCUCUACAAAAAUUUGGGUCACGCCAAAACAUGAUAGAAAUAGGAGUCAUGCCAAAAAUUUAUGUCCAAUUGCUGUAAAUGUGGAUGGGCGUAGAGGUUGCUGGCUGUCAUUUUUAUUUACCGUUCCUGGCUUUGUAGUCUAAGGACUGGUAGUAACACAGAGCAGAGUUGGCUGUGUUCAGGUUAUUGUGUUUUGUGAAUUUUGAUGUUGUAUGGAAUGCCCACUAAACCCACUUGUCCCACUUAAAUUUAUGUGGGUAGAUGCGGAUCUCCCACUUAA